AUGAAGACCGAUUUUAAAUUUUCCAACCUCCUCGGGACCGUGUACUGCCAGGGCAACCUCUUAUACAGCCCUGAUGGAACAUGUUUGUUCUCACCUGUGGGAAACCGAGUUACGGUUUUCAACUUAGUAGAUAACAAGUCAUACACACUUCCUUUCGCGCAUAGGAAAAACAUCUCGAGAAUUGGCUUGACGCCGCGGGGCAAUCUCCUACUCUCCGUUGACGAAGACGGCCAUGCAAUUCUGACCAACGUCCCGCGACGAAUCUCUAUAUACCACUUCUCUUUCCGAUCUCCUGUCACGGCUCUCGCCUUUUCACCGUCAGGGCGCCACUUCGCUGUAGGACUAGGUCGAAAAACCGAAGUAUGGCAAGUUCCAUCAACUCCCGACUCGAGCGCAGAUGGGGAGUUGGAGUUUGCACCUUUCGUCCGACACCACACGCAUAUGGGUCACUUUGAUGACGUCCGUCAUAUUGAAUGGUCCGCCGAUUCGCGCUUCUUUUUAACCGCCUCUAGAGAUCUGACAGCCCGAAUAUGGAGUUUGGACGCGGAAGAAGGAUUUACCCCAACAGUCUUGUCUGGCCAUAAGCAGGCUGUGAUUGGAGCUUGGUUCUCGAAAGACCAAGAAACGAUAUACACUGUCAGCAAAGAUGGCGCCGUCUUUGAUUGGCAAUUUACGAGGCAUCCCAAUGCGCCACCGAUAGAUGAGGACGAAGAUAUGGAAGACGCCGAUAAUGACGGUAUGCGCUGGAGGAUUGUUCAGAGGCAUUACUUUAUGCAGAACAAUGCCCAUGUUAGAUGCGCCGCUUUCCAUCCCGAGUCUAACCUCUUAGUUGCCGGUUUCUCUAACGGGAUAUUUGGUCUCUACGAAAUGCCUGAUUUCAACACAAUCCAUACCCUCAGCAUAUCGCAGAACGAAAUUGACUUCGUCACAAUAAAUAAGAGCGGAGAGUGGCUAGCCUUUGGGGCUUCUAAGCUAGGCCAACUCCUUGUUUGGGAAUGGCAGUCCGAGUCUUACAUUCUAAAACAGCAAGGUCAUUUUGACUCCAUGAACUCCCUAGUCUACUCCCCCGACGGAAAACGCAUUAUAACCACCGCCGACGAUGGCAAAAUCAAAGUCUGGGAUGUUGAUUCCGGAUUCUGUAUAGUGACCUUCACUGAGCAUACAAGUGGCGUAACUGCGUGUGAGUUCGCAAAGAAGGGUAAUGUGUUAUUUACUUCGAGUUUGGACGGUUCCAUACGGGCCUGGGAUCUUAUUAGGUAUCGAAACUUCCGAACCUUUACAGCGCCGAGCCGGCUUUCCUUUUCCUGUAUGGCAGUCGAUCCGAGCGGUGAAGUGGUCGCUGCAGGGUCUCUGGACUCGUUCGAUGUUCAUAUUUGGUCUGUGCAGACCGGUCAAUUGCUUGAUCAGCUAUCCGGUCACGAAGGCCCUGUCUGCUCCCUGGCAUUUUCACCGAAUGGAAGUAUUCUAUUUAGUGGAAGUUGGGAUCGGACGGCUAGGAUGUGGUCAAUAUUUAGUCGCACACAAACCAGCGAGCCUCUACAAUUACAAGCAGAUGUGCUCGAUAUUGCGGUCCGGCCAGAUUCCGCACAGCUUGCAAUUUCUACUUUGGAUGGUCAAUUAUCAUUCUGGUCGGUUUCAGAUGCAGAGCAAGUAUCAGGCCUUGAUGGCCGGCGAGAUGUGUCAGGAGGUCGGAAAGUCAGUGACCGCAGAACUGCCGCUAACGUUGCGGGCACCAAGAGUUUCAAUACUAUACGAUACAGUACGGAUGGAAGUUGCCUUCUAGCAGCCGGAAACAGUAAAUACAUAUGUCUCUAUUCUGUGAGCACUAUGGUUCUACUGAAAAAGUUUACCGUCAGUGUCAACCUCUCGUUAUCGGGAACGCAAGAGUUCUUGAACAGUAAGUUGCUUACAGAGGCGGGACCGGAGGGGUUGCUUGAUGAUGAGGCAGACCAUUCGGACCGCGAGGCUCGACGAGAUAAACUAUUACCGGGUUCGAAGCGAGGCGGGGAUCCGUCCGCCAGAAAGAAACUACCCGAAGUGAGAGUGACUAGCGUAGGCUUCUCACCUGCCGGUACUUCAUUUUGUGCUGCAUCCACGGAGGGCCUUCUCAUAUAUAGCGUAGACAACGAGCUGCAGUUCGAUCCAUUCGACCUCAAUAUGGAAAUUACACCAGCGUCGACUCUUGCUGUUCUUGAAAACGAGAGAGACUACCUUAAGGCUCUUGUCAUGGCAUUCCGCCUCAACGAAGCUGGUUUGAUUAAGAGGGUAUUUCAGUCCGUGCCGCACACGGACAUCCCAUUGGUGGUGGAGCGGUUCCCUACUGUAUAUGUUGCAAGGCUAUUACGGUUCGUUGCAGCUCAGACCGAAGAGUCCCCCCACAUCGAGUUUUGUCUCCUAUGGAUCAAAGCCUUAGUAGAUAAGCAUGGAUCCUGGCUUACGGCAAAUCGGAGUAAAGUCGAUGUUGAGCUACGGGUUGUCUCGAGAGCCGUUACAAGGAUGCGGAACGAAAUCAAACGACUAGCAGACGAGAACGUAUACACGGUCGACUAUUUGCUUGGGCAGGCUACCACUAAGACAGAUACCAACGGCCAACCCCUAAUCACGGGCGGAGAUACCCCUAUGAAAAUGCUGCCAUCAGGGGAAACGCUCAUCUUGGAGGAUCACAUGCAGUCUGAGGGUGAGUCCGAGGCUGAAUGGAUUGGGCUGGAUUAA